AUGAGAAAUUUAGCCAAUAUGACAGGAAAAGAUCCAAAAUGGAUUGUACUCGACGGAGAUAUUGAUCCAAUGUGGAUUGAAUCUUUGAAUACUGUUAUGGAUGAUAAUAAAGUGUUAACAUUAGCCAGUAAUGAACGUAUCCCGUUAACAGAUAGUAUGCGAUUGCUGUUUGAAAUUAGUCAUUUGAAGACAGCUACACCAGCGACUGUAUCACGUGCUGGUAUCCUGUAUAUUAAUCCAGGAGAUUUAGGCUGGACACCAUUUGUACACAGUUGGUUAGAUGAUCGAGUGAAAAUGAAAAAAACUCUAUCGAUUAGUGAAAGACCCGCCCUGUCAAUCUGUUUUGACAAGUAUGUUUCACCAUGCCUUGAAAUUGUUCGUCAUCGAAUGAAACGGAUUACACCGAUACCAGAUUUAGCUCAUGUUGAAAUGCUUUGCUAUCUGCUUGAAUGUAUACUGGACAUUCAAAGUAAAUCAAAAGAUACACGUGAAUUUACUAAAGAAAAUUAUGAAAUGUUAUUUGUCUUCUGUUGUGUCUGGUCAUUUGGUGGAUGUUUAUUUAAAGAUCAGCUGUGUGAUUAUCGUGUCGAGUUUUCAAAAUGGUGGUUAAAUGAAUUUAAACAAGUGAAAUUCCCCUCGGGUGGUACUAUAUUCGACUUUUUUUGGAGUUUAACAACACGAAAAUUUGAAAGUUGGUCAACACGUUUAACUAAAUGUGAACUGGAUCCAGAUAUACCAUUACAAGCUGCUUUAGUUCCUACAGUGGAAGUUGUCCGACUGCGUUUCUUCUUAGAUUUACUCAUUGAAGCUGGACAUCCUGUUAUGUUGGUUGGUUCAGCUGGUACUGGCAAGUCUGUUAUACUACAGGAUAAAUUUUCAAGUUUAUCUGAAGAAUAUCUAGUGAAGAGUAUACCGUUCAAUUUUUAUACAACAAGUUUAAUGCUACAAGAAGUGUUGGAUAAAAGUUUAGAGAAAAAAGCUGGUAUGAAUUAUGGUCCACCAGGACAGCAUAGACUACUCUAUUUUAUUGAUGAUUUAAAUAUGCCAGAGGUUGAUCAAUAUUUCACUGUUCAACCGCAUACUCUCAUUCGUCAACACAUAGAUCAUAAACAUUUUUAUGACAGACAAAAGUUAACCUUGAAAAAAGUGAGUAAAACUCAAUAUGUAGCUGCUAUGAAUCCAACAGCUGGUAGUUUUACAAUCACACCACGACUACAACGUCAUUUUUCAGUAUUCGCACUGAGUUUUCCUGAUGAGAAUGCUGUGAAAACAAUCUAUUCAACAAUACUGAAGCAACAUUAUAUACGCAAUAAUUUUCCAACGUCAGUAAUACGUGCUGUUGAGGGUCUAGUUGAAGCGUGUAUGAUUGCUCACGACAAGAUAUCAGCGGUAUUCUUGCCAACAGCUAUACGCUUUCAUUAUUUGUUUAAUUUACGUGAUUUAACGAAUAUAUUUCAGUGUCUUCUAUUUGCUCAACCUGAUGUAUUCCCAUCUGUCAUCUCUGUUAUCCGACAAUAUCGUCAUGAGGCAAUCCGUGUUUACACAGACAAAAUGAUUGAUAUGAAUGAUGUUGAAACAGCUGUGAAACAUAUCACAUUCGGCAUAACGAAUCAAUUCCCUGAUAUAUCAGUGCAUCAGAUAACACAUGAACCUCUGUUAUAUUGUAGUUUCAAUAAAGGAUUAUCCGCUGAGCGACAAUAUGGACCUGUAUCAUCUCUGGAAGAAAUUAGUGACAUAGUUGUUGGUGCAUUGAAUAAUUACAAUGAUACAUUUGCUGUUAUGAAUUUAGUGUUGUUCAGUGAUGCUGUUAUCCAUGUGUUAAGAAUUUGUCGAAUAUUGGAAAUGCCACGGGGUAGUGCUUUACUCAUUGGGAUAGGUGGUUCUGGGAAACAAUCCCUGUCACGUUUAGCGGCAUUUAUCUCAGGAUUUUAUUUAUCACAAAUAGUGCUGCGUAAAGGUUAUUCACAGAAUGAUUUAAGAGGGCAUCUUGCUCAAUUGUAUAUUAAAGCAUCGUUGAAGAAUAUGCCGUAUGUGUUUUUAAUGACUGAUGCACAGGUUGCAGAUGAACGCUUUCUCGUCUAUGUGAAUGAUUUCCUGGCCUCAGGUGAAAUACCAAAUCUUUUUCAAGAUGAAGACCUUGAUCAGAUUAUACAAGGUAUUCGAUCAGAAGUUAAAGCAAUGGGAAUUAUUGAUACAAAUGAAAAUUGUUGGAAAUACUUCAUAGAUAAGACACGUAGAAUGUUACGUGUUAUUUUAUGCUUCUCUCCUGUUGGUGAUAAACUUCGUCUAAGAGCCAGACGUUUUCCAGCCUUAGUUAAUUGUACCUGUAUUGACUGGUUCCAUGAAUGGCCACAAGAAGCCUUGUUGUCUGUUUCAGAAAGAUUCUUAGAAGAUUGUCCAGGUUUAUCGGAUGAGGUACGCAAAUCUGUUAGCCAAUACAUGGCCUAUGCUCAUACAACAGUCAAUGAACUAAGUCAACAAUAUCUACAGAAAGAACGACGUCAUAACUAUACAACACCAAAAUCAUUUCUAGAACAAAUUAGUCUAUACAAACGUAUGGUUGGUGCACAGAUAGAUGAGCUGCAACGCAAAAUUGAACGUUUAGUCAACGGUUUGGAACGGUUGAAAAGCGCCGGGGAACAAACCAGUGAAUUAAAAGUCCAACUAGCUGAACAAGAAAUUAUUGUCAAUGAAAAAACAGAGAAUGCUAACAAACUAAUUAUUGUCGUCGGUAAAGAAACUGAAAAGGUUACAGCUGAGAAGGAGAUUGCUGCUGAAGAAGAGGCGAAAGUCAGUGUUAUCAAAGCCGAGGUUGAAGUGAAACAACACGAGUGUGAAUCUGAUCUCCGCAAAGCGGAACCAGCUUUGAUUGCAGCCCAAGAAGCGUUGAACACGCUGAAUAAAAAUAACCUAUCUGAAUUGAAAGCGCUGACCAGUCCACCACCAGAUGUUGUCACCGUCUGUUCCGCUGUCAUGUGUCUAUUCGCUAUGGAUGGUCGACUACCGAAGGAUAGAAGUUGGAAAGCUGCUAAAGCUGGUAUCAUGUCUAAAGCUGAUCAAUUUUUAAGUAACCUGGUAAAUUAUGAUAAGGAGAAUAUGUCAGCGAAUAGUAAGGCGGCAGCUUUAGAGUAUGUUAAAAUGCCGAAUUUUGAUCCAGAUAUAAUUCGGACUAAAUCAUUGGCUGCCGCCGGUCUCUGUUCCUGGGUAAUAAAUAUCCUGAAAUUUCAUGAUGUCUAUUGUGAAGUGAAACCGAAACGUGAUGCACUGGAUGCAGCCAAUGAAGAGCUACGUCAGGCUACAGAAAAACUUGAAGGUUUACAAAAGAAAAUCGCCGUUCUUGAAGCAUCGUUAGCUGAGUUAACAGCCAACUUCCGUGAGGCUACGGAAGAAAAACUGCGUUGUCAACAAGAAGCUGAUUUUACGGCUAAAACACUGGAUUUAGCCAAUCGACUGGUGAAUGGUUUUGCCUCGGAGAAUGUUAGAUGGGCAAAUCAAGUCGAGGAAUUAAAGGUACUCGGUGAAACUGUAGUUGGUGAUGUUUUGAUAACAACAAGUUUUAUCUCUUAUUUUGGUUAUUUAAGUCGAACAUUUCGUCAACAAUUGCUCAAUGUUAAAUUGUGGCCAUUUUUGAAAAGUCUACCAAUACCAAUCCCGGUUCGUGAUGGAAUAGAUCCGCUAGAUAUGCUAAUUGAUGAUGCAGUUAUCGCUACAUGGAAUAAUCAAUCCUUACCAGAAGAUCGUAUGUCUAUUGAAAAUGCUACAAUAUUUACAUUCUGUGAACGUUGGCCAUUGUGUGUUGAUCCCCAGCUGCAAGCGAUUAAAUGGAUUAAGGUGAAAUACGGCAAUGAAUUAGUGGUCACACGGUUGGGCGCCAAAAAUUAUUUAGAACAAAUUGAAUUAGCCAUUACAGAUGGACGUGUUGUACUGAUUGAAAAUAUCGGUGAGACGAUAGAUCCUAUCCUAGAUCCUGUAAUUGGACGACAGACAGUUAAAAAAGGUCGAUUUAUCCUACUGGGUGAUAAAGAAAUCCCUUACAACACGAAUUUCCGUUUAAUUCUACAAACAAAACUAGCCAAUCCACACUAUCAACCAGAAUUACAAGCACAAGCCACUCUGAUCAACUUCACAGUGACACGUGACGGUCUAGAAGACCAACUGUUGGCAACAGUUGUGAGUAAAGAACGUCCAGAUUUAGAGCGGUUAAAAUCGAAUCUAACAAAACAACAAAAUGAAUUUAAAAUCACAUUGAAAACACUAGAAGAUUCCCUGUUGGCUAAAUUAUCUUCAUCCGAUGGGAAUUUUCUCGGCGAUCAUUCUCUAGUUGAAAAUUUAGAGACAAAUAAAAAAACAGCUAAAGAUAUUGAAGAAAAGGUAAGAGAAUCGAAGAUCACCGAGAAAGAGAUCAAUAUUGCUCGUGAACACUAUCGGUUAGCUGCUCAACGUGCUGCACUUAUCUACUUUGUUAUGAACGAUUUAUGUCAUAUUCAUCCAAUGUAUCAAUUCUCAUUGAAAGCAUUCCGUACUGUCUUUGAAAAGUCUAUUGAGACUGCAGAACAAUCGGAUAAUGAUAAAGAACGUUUAUUAUUACUCUUAGAUAAUAUUACCUAUUCAAUAUUUGUUUAUACAACACGCGGUUUAUUUGAACGGGAUAAAUUAGUCUUUACUGUAUUAAUGGUGCUACAAAUCCAGUAUACAUCAAAAGAAAUCCCACCGAUCCUAAUGGAUUUCCUACUGAGAUAUCCUGUUGUCACAGAUGUACAAAGUCCUGUUGACUUUUUAAACGAUUUAAAUUGGGGUGGUGUACAAACUCUAGUGAAAAUGAAUAAUUUUCGUGAUUUAGACAAGGAUAUUAUUGCAUCGGCAAAACGUUGGAAAGUAUUUCUUGAAAGUGAAGCCCCAGAGAAAGAGAAAUUCCCCCAGGAAUGGAAAAAUAAAAGUGCUAUUGAAAAGUUGUGUAUGAUGCGUGCUUUACGACAUGAUCGAAUGACAUAUGCAUUGAGGCAUUAUAUUGGUACAACAUUUGGCACAAAGUUCAUUGAAGGUCGUCAUAUUGAAUUGGCUAAAUCGUUUAAGGAGUCUGGACCAGCUGUACCAAUCUUUUUUAUAUUAUCUCCGGGGGUUGAUCCAUUGAAAGAUGUUGAAGUAUUGGGGCAUAAACUUGGUUUCACUGUUGAACAUGGUAAUUUUCAUAAUAUUUCACUUGGACAAGGUCAAGAGAUUGUCGCCGAGCAAGCUUUAGAGGCAGCGGCGAAAAAUGGAGCAUGGGUUGUUCUACAAAAUAUUCACCUGGUUGCACGUUGGUUAAGCACACUGGAGAAACGGUUGGAGCAGUAUGCAGAAGAUGCACAUCCAGAUUAUCGCGUGUUUGUUAGUGCAGAGCCAGCAGCCGAUGUAUCAACGCAUAUAAUUCCACAAGGGAUAUUAGAAAAUGCUAUCAAGAUAACCAAUGAACCGCCUACGGGUAUGCUGGCUAAUCUACACAAAGCGUUGGAUAACUUUAAUCAGGAAACACUUGAACGUUGUACAAAAGAAGCAGAAUUCAAACCAAUUUUAUUUGCUUUAUGUUAUUUUCAUGCUGUGGUUACAGAACGUAGUAAAUUUGGUUCACAAGGUUGGAAUCGUACAUAUCCAUUCAAUGUUGGAGAUUUAUGUAUUUGUUUAGAUGUAUUAUAUAAUUAUUUAGAAGCAAAUAAUAAAGUCCCAUGGGAAGAUUUAAGAUAUUUAUUUGGUGAAAUUAUGUAUGGUGGACAUAUAACUGAUGAUUGGGAUAGACGGCUGUGUAGGACAUUUUUACAAGAAUAUUUACAACCUGAUUUAGUCGACGGUGAUCUCUAUCUAUCGCCUGGAUUUCUUGUCCCACCAAAUUCAGACUACGCUGGUUAUCAUGCCUAUAUCGACAAGUAUUUACCGCCUGAAUCACCUUACCUAUAUGGUUUACAUCCAAAUGCAGAGAUUGAAUUUCUGACAAAAUCAGCUGAACGUGUAUUCCGUGUCGUGCUUGAACUGCAACCACGUGACACUGGAACUGAUGUCAGUGAUGCACCAAGUCGUGAAGAAACACUGAAUAGUCUGAUAGAAGAUUUAUUAGAUCGUCUAUCGGAUGGAUUUCCUAUGAAUGAAUUGUACGCUAGACAAGCACCGGAGGAACGUGGUCCAUACACUGUGGUUGUCUUACAAGAAUGUGAACGAAUGAAUAUUUUAAUUGAUGAAAUUCGUCGAUCACUUCGUGAAUUACGUUUGGGUUUACGUGGAGAGUUGACAAUCUCUGGUGCAAUGGAUUCGUUGAUGAAUUCUUUAUUUUUAGAUCAGGUACCAUCAACCUGGGAACGUUAUGCCUAUCCAAGUCUAUAUCCACUUGGCUUAUGGUUCGCCGACUUGUCAAAUCGAUGUAAAGAGCUGGAUAUAUGGGCACAAGAUUUAGGCUUACCAGGCUCUGUAUGGCUUGGUGGUCUAUUCAACCCACAAUCAUUUUUAACUGCAGUUAUGCAACAGACAGCAAGAAAAAUGGAAUGGCCAUUGGAUAAAAUUUGUAUCAGUGUUGAAGUAACAAAAAAGACAAAAGAAGAAAUGGGCUCAGCACCAAGAGAAGGUGCCUACGUGCAUGGUUUGUUUAUUGAAGGUGCUCGAUGGGAUACAAGUGCUAACUCGAUAGUUGAUGCUAGAAUUAAAGAAUUGGCACCAGCAAUGCCUGUUAUCCUGCUUAGAGCUGUACCAUCGGAUAGACAAGAAGGUCGAAUAGCAGCAAUGUAUGCUUGUCCUGUGUAUAAGACAAAAACAAGGGGACCAACAUUUGUAUGGACAUUUCAUUUACGUACAAAAGAGAAACCGGCUAAAUGGAUUAUGGGUGGUGUUGCACUACUUUUACAAGUAUAA